AUGGCAUUUGGUAAAACUAAAAAAUAUAAGAAAAUAGUUAAAACUAUUUUUCCAUCACAACCAAAUGGCGAAAUGCAAUUGGGUAAUAUAAGCAAACUUACUUAUUUCUGUGAAAUGAAUCCAGAACAACUUCAAAAAGUAGGCCCAUAUAUCGAAAAUAAAGCCCAAAACAAUUUGAAUAAAAAAAGAUUAAGCUAUGUAGAAACAUGUGCAGCAAUUAUUAGAGAACUUAUUAUAGGUUGUAGAAAUCAUUUAUCAUUAUUUUCAGGAAAUGCAACAAGAUUAAUGAAAUUAUUAUUAAAUCAAAAUGAACACCCACAUUUACAAAUCGAAGCAACCGAAACAUUUAUUAGAUUUGCAUCUGUUCAAGAUGAUGCCUCACAAAUUCCACCAGAAAUCGAUGAAUUCAUUAAAUAUUUUAUUAAUAUGGCAAAGAAUAUGAAUACUGAUGAUUCGACAAGAAGAAAGAUUAGAGGCGAGGGUUUGAAAGGUGUUACUGCAUACGUUUCAAUUUCACAUUUAGUUGAUGAUUUAGAUACUUUUAUAACCAAACAUACAGAUAUCAUUUAUACAAUUUUAGAUAAUAUGCAAUAUAAAGAUCAAAUUCCUUCACCAAAUAUAUCCGAUAGAAACCUAAAUGUUGAUGAUUCAUUAGAAUCUGGUAUUACUAAUGUUAGAGCAUUGGCAACUGAAUGCCUUAGAGAUUUAGCAAGAAGAGUUGAUAAUAUUACUGUAGAUUCAUUGGUCACAACUGUUGUAAACUAUUUAGAUUCACAUCAAAAGUGGAACGUCGAAACUUUUUCAGUUCAUGCUUUAACAUCAAUUUCACAAUCUAUUAAACCACAACACUAUACAAUUAUGCUUACAAGUUUCCUCAGACAUUUAGAAUUAGACCAUUCACCAUCAGUAACCAAAGAAAUUGUUCGUACAGCCGUCUCCAUUGUAAAUGAUUCAACUGCAUCAAUCAAUAUGGUUAUUACAUCAUUACUAAAACUUUUAAUUAGAUCACUUGAAAUUUCAACCAAACAUUUACCAGAUGUAGAUGAACAAUUAAAAUUACAAAAUUCUAUUAUCGAUUCAAUUGGUGCAAUUGGUAAAAAAUCAAAAACAACACCAAAGAAAUUCGAAAUUAUGAACCAAAUUAUGAAUACACUUAGAGAUAUUAUUAAACCAAAUACACAACAAAAUUUAAUCGACCUCUUCUCUGUAAAUCUUAUUCAAUGCGUAGCACAAGUUUCAUCAAAUCUUAAUGACCUUAUUUCACCAAAUCCAAUGGCCAUAAAUGAACUCACAAGAAAAUUAAUUGAUCUUUCAAAUGAACCAUCAACAAACAAUAAUACCAGAAAAUUCAUUCAAGAAACCAUUCAAUCAUUUUUAAUCCCAGGUAUUAAAUUUGAUCAAUUAAUUCAAGGAGGUGUCAUAUUUUCAAAUGAUGGUGUUGAAGAGUAUUUAAAUAAUAAUUCAGCAAUGAUUAGAAAUUCGAUUAUUAACGAGUUUGCAAAUAAAACAAAUCAACCAGAAAACAUUAUAGCAUUAUAUAAAACAUUAGUUAUAUUAUUAUUUAGAGGUAGAGGUAAAGAACUCCAAUAUUCCAUUCCAAUGAUUUUCCAACUUCAAAACCAACAAUCACCAAAUCUACCAUUACGUUUAAAUCGUUCAAUUAAUUUAGCUAUUGCAAGUUAUUUAUUAUUAGUUUCCAAAUUAUUUAAGUGGCAAGAAUUAGAAAACUACAUUAGCACCUCUUUAAAUCAACGUUUUACUAACAACAAUCAAUGUAGAUAUCUUACAUUUGAUUUCAACAGAGGUGGUUUAGUAAUUUCAAACACUCAAAAGCAUCUUUACAGCGACUUGGAUCAAGAAAUUGUUACAACUUUAACCACAACUACCGUCAUCUCUCCAAACUCUGUCACCAAAACUACCGAAUCUGUUACUGAAACCAUAGAGACCAUUACCACCACCUCCACCUCAUCAACCAUCUCUAGUGAACUUAUUGAUCAAGAUAGAGUUAUUGAAAUUUUAUGUCAAGUACCAACAUUAACUGGUGAUUUCCCAGAUCUUAAGAAAUUACUUUCAGGCGCCAAAGAAAGUGAAAUCAACAGAAACAAUGAUACAUUUACCAUUAUUACAACUACUGCACCUUCAUCGGCCAGCGAAGACUCUAUUGAUACACCACCAAUGAAACUUCCUGUUUUAGCAAAAUCAAGGGAAAGUAUCGUCCUCAGUACAUCAAUUCCAAACCAUUUCCAAAAAUCACUUAACUUUGAUUCAUUUAAACAAUUUGUAAAUUAUUUCGAUGAAAGUAAUCAAAAUAGUAAUAGUAAUACUACACCACAACAACCAUCAUCCCAACAAAACCAAAACUCCAAUUUACAAGUCCCACAACAAAAUCAACAAGGCUCAACUAAUGGUAGUACAAACGGUUUUGGUAAAGGCGAAAGAAAUAAUAUCUCUACUGCACUCUUUGAUCUCAACUAUGAAUUAACCUGCUCUAAAAUUUCGGAAACCCAACACACAAACAAAGAAUAUUUAGAUUUAAUGGAAAUUUUAACAGCAUCCGAACAAACUUUUAAAACCGAUGAUGAUCAUCCAAUCUUUGUUUAA